UCCCCCCAAGGAUAGACCGCCAAAAUGAAGAUCGACUUGGAGCUAAUUAAAAGCAAGAGCGAGCACAACGAGGGGCUGCUCGAAGACCUGGAGGAAGUCGCCCUGCACCAGCUGCAAAUAAAAAAAAUUGAAUUCCUGAAUACCCAUUGUAGAAACUUAAAAAUUCUCCUGCUGCAAAAUAAUCUGAUUGAAAAGAUCGAAAAUCUACACCAGCUGAAGAAGCUGGAAUACUUGAACCUCGCCCUGAAUAACAUCACCCUCGUGGAAAACCUGCACGGGUGUGAGUCUCUACGCAAGUUGGACUUGACCCUAAACUUCAUCGACGUAACAACCAUCGAAGCAUCUGUAACGAAUUUGAAAAAAAAUGAAAACCUAAGAGAGCUGUACCUCAUGGGAAACCCCUGUGCGAAAUGGGAACAUUUAAAACUGUUCGUGAUUCUACACCUGGGGCAGCUGGAAGUUUUAGAUGGAUCAGACAUUCUCACGUCAGACAGAAUAAUGGCUAGACAAAGAAGCGAAACCGUUUGGAACUCUUUACAAGACGAACGGAAGAAACAAAAACAAAAGGGGAUCAACCAGAGCGAGCACUACGACAGUAUCAAUCAGAGAAAGGAGAUUUACGAAGAGAUAGAAAGGGAAGAAGUAAAGAACGCACGGACGGAUGAGAGGAAGGAGAGGGCCCCGAGGGAAGUUCUGCCCCCCUACACUGACGAGGGGGAUAUUCGCCAGUGCAACGAAGGGCACUACAAGUUCCUUUUCGAUGAGUACUCCAGCAACAAGCACACCUUUCUGAAGCUCUUCCUCCCCAAGUACCUGUGCAACUCCCUUAUCCAGGUAGACGUAAAUGUGAACUACGUCCGGUGUGUAAUCAAAGACAAACUGUUCCAAGUCAAACUGAGUGAUGCCAUUUUAACAGACCUCACUAAAAUUUCCAGAAAAAAAUACACUGGAGAAUUGCACAUAAAAAUGACGAAGAAAAAUUAUAAAAAAAAUAAAAUUUUUGAAGGAGACCCUACCAGCGAGGGGGAUUCCCCUCCCCUGGUCUCCCAUUCGUUGUUAUCACCCCGUUCGUCUUCCACGUCUUCUGCUUCGUCUGCUUCUUCCACGUCUUCUGCUUCGUCUGCUUCUUCCACUUCUUCCACGUCAUCCUUCUUCAAAAAGGAGUACCCCAUUUAUGCCAACAGGCGGAGACGCACAGCCAAUUCUUCCUUGGCCCUGCCCAGCGAAGCGAAAGGUGAUUUCCUUCUGCAGGCGAAGGAAACGAAAUACUCCUCCUCCGUGAUGAAUGCCAUUCCUUCUCUGGAGGAAAUUCCAAAACGGACCCUCCCCACCAUGGAAAUGGCCCAGCAUGGCAAAUGA